ACGUUACUUGUAGAUUUGAGCAGGGAAGAAAGACAAAAUAUGCGGCUACAAAAUGAUGGGUGUCCAGCACAUUUUUCACAUAUUGCACGUGAAGCUUUAGAUCGGGAUUAUGCUGGGGAAUGGAUUGGAAGAGUAGGUCCAAUUUCCUGGCCUGCCAGAUUACCUGAUUUAACACCUUUUGAUUUUUUUUGUGGAGCGUCCUAAAGCUACGGUCUGCCUUACGCGAUUAGCCGAUGCGUUUAAACGCUGCGGCUAAACGUGCUAGUUCACCAUGUGUUUUUCAAUGUAUGAGGUCUAUCUCGAGCGACAAGUCGUAACGCGUUUAGAAAUCGUAUCGCUCGUGGAGCAAAGUAGUCGUGCGCGUUUGUUUAUGUCACUUCUAUUUAGCUAUUUAGCGAAAAAAUGUCUUGCAAACGAGGAAACAGACUACGCUUUACCAAAGAAGAAGACGAGAAAUUGAUACGAGAAGUAGGAAAUCACCCUGUACUUUACGAUUUACAAAAUAAGUCAUAUAAAAACUUUAAUAUAAAAGAAAACACGUGGCAAGAAAUUAGCAAAUUGGUGGUCAAAAGUGUUGAGGAGUGUAAAACACGAUGGAAAAGUUUAAAAGAUGUUUAUUUCAAGAAAGAAAGACAAGGGAAACAAGGAACAGGAUCUGAAGCAAGACGGAUAAAUAAUAACUGGGAGCAUAUGGAAUCACUAGCAUUUCUAGAAGUUGCUGGGAAGCGUAGAUCGACAAUAACCAACGUCUCUGAAACUGAGGAUAUAAAUUCCGACCAUAUUGACAGUAUCAAUGUCAGAUCAAUAAGGAACGCCUCUGAAACUACCAUGACGGUAAAUGUUUCAGAGAGUCAAGUUGAUGAGAGUGUCAAUGUCAACGACAGCACAAAUGAAACUAAGCUUGAAGACGACAUAUCACCAGUUAAGAAAAGAAGAACAAUGAAUGAGAAAGUGCUCGCUGCACGUACUGAAGUUUUGAAUAGCAUUAAAGAAGCCGUACAAAGUUGUGGAAACCCAGUAAAAACGUUUUUCGAUAGUAUUGCACAAACAGUAAUAACAUUUCCUCCUACUCUUAUAGUGGACGCAAAAAGGAAGGUGUUGGAUGUCAUUAGCGAUUUAGAAUUACAAAAUUGCGGCGUUCGACCAAUGUCAAUUUAUAAUAGAAUAUCCAAUAGUUGCGCGGAUUCAAUGACGAAUUUCGAAAACUUUUUGCAAUAAU